UUAUUUUCCUUACUGCACUGUAUUUGUACUGUUCGAGCUUGCUGACCUGUACUGUCUUGAUCUUGCAUGCAGCAAAUGGAUGCAGAAUUAUCUGUCACAAGGCGGCACAUAUUCUCUGGAGAGCGUCUAGCAACCUUCAGUGAUGCUGUACUCUCCAUCAUUGCAACAUUCUCUGUGCUUCCACUCAAGUUCAAUCGAGAGAUUAUCGAAGAAGGUGGAGGUUACAGAAAAUUUGAUUUGGAAGUUUUCUUGCUGGAUCAGUGGCUUCGCUACCUUGUAUAUAUCUACUCUUUUGCUCUAGUGGCUGACGUCUGGUACAUCCAUUCUGGUGUGUUCAGUAUUGUUGAGAAUGUGAAUGGUGGAAUCAUAUGGCUAAAUUUGCUGCUUCUGUUUUUCGCGAGCUUUGUGCCAUACGCCACUGGACUUAUCAGCAGCUAUGCCACUGGACUUAUCAGCAGCUAUGCCACUUCCCCUGGCCCCGAUUCUGAGAUGGCAGCCAUCAUCAUCUGUGCUGGUGUCAUCCUUCUCAUCGGUCUAAAUCUGAUCUUAAUCCUGGGCUGUGCAUUUCGACGCCAGUCUCUCAUUCAUCCUCACCUAGUCAACAACAACAACAUUAGAUCCAUAAAGGCUGUGGUGUACAUUGGCCUGCUGAUUGCCCCCGUCCUGUCUGUGUUGACCAUUGGCUUCAGCUUCCUCUCUCACCAAGCCCCCUGGCUGCCCCUCCUCUUAUUCUUCAGCAUACUACCCGUCUCCUUGAUCGUGAGACUGGUCAUGUUUGUCGUCCUCACUUCUAGGAAGUCCAUUGAAAGGCUACCCUCGAUGAUAUUCAGAGCUGUGGCCAGCAAGAGCAGAACAGAAGCAUUCAGUGAUGGUGUGUUUGCCAUCGUGGCCACUCUCAUUGUGUUGGACCUGACGAGUGAGCAUAUUCCGGAUAAAGAUGAAACGAUUGAAUUGCAUAUUGCUCUCUACAAACAACGAAACGUCUUCUUUUCUUACAUCACCACCUUCGUUGUCACAGGUCUCCUGUGGUUUGUUCAAUACAGCAUGUUCCAUUUCCUUGAGCGGUUCACUCCAAUCAUGGUUGUGGCCAACACCUGUACACUGUUACUGGUGGGCGGCAUUCCUUUCGCUGCAGAAAUUCUCUCCAUAUUUUCUGACGAGUCAUUUUUGACACAAGCCAUUCUGGGUCCUAACAAGGUGUUGUCCAUCCGAGUGUUCUGCGUUCUGGUCACACUUGCCGGUCUGUUGCAGCUGUUUUUCUGGUGUGUGGCUCACUAUAACAAGAGCUUUUGUAUGUCCACUGAGAUAGACAAGAAGUAUGCUGAAAUUCAGAUGUUUGCCAAGAUCAUGAUCAUUCCGAUAACUGGUAUUCUUGUCUACUGGGGGACGUUCAGCAAAACAUUCAAUGAUAUCUACACAAUUCUGGCGAUUGUGUGCGUACUGCUCUUCCUGCUGCUCAAACUAGCCAUAACGUUGUACUCCAAGUGCUGUAAUGCCCUGAAGCGCUCUGGGAGGAGGAGUGGGGGGUCUAGCAGAGUGGCCUCUCCAGCCAAUUGCAGCAUCAAUCAGUCAAUAAUGGAGGACGAUAAAACAGCCCUGCCUUUACACCCACGCGAGGACACACAUUUUAAGUUUGUCUAGCCCCAAUAUAUAAUUUUGUACAGCUUAAUAAUUAUUCAUUUAUGUGCAUAUAAUAGUGUUAAUUAUGUGUUUUAUGUUAUAAUUAUGAAAGUUUGAUUGAACACAAGUCGCUCUUAUUCUGAACACAUAAAAUUUUCUUAACGAGAAGUUUAUUAUAAUUAAUUCAGAAGCAACAUAUAAUAUUGUACAUAAUCUUUUAUUCUGUGA